UUCUACCGUUAUCGCUGAGCUGCGUUCAGGAAUUAUGAAUAAUCAAAUAACUCUAAGCUAUAGAUUACGUUACGUAUAUUAUAGCAAAAAUGCACAUUGGAGUUAUCUAGGCGUAAUUCCUGAACACCUGUUGUCUCGCAUUGUGUUUAGGGCUUUAGUGAGUUUCAUAAACUCACUUUAAAAGUGAGGUUAUGAACCUCUGUUGUCAUGUAAUAACUUUUUACCAAAGUAAGCAAAUAAUGACGUCAUUAAUCUGAGUAUUUCAUACUUAGAUCACUUCAGACUGUUUUACUUGUGUGUAAGUGAAAAGCAAGUAGUGUAUAAUCAGUACAAUAUUGUUUACGAAGACCUCUUUUUAACACAUGAGUAUGAUCACCACAACAUAAUUUGAUGAUUAUAUCCAUAAAGCGAUUAUGUGCAGAAAAAAAGUUCGAAGUGACAGACAAUUUGAUAACGUGGAUUACACACAACUUACAGAAACCGAUAAUGAUUUCUUUGAUUCACAAUUUGUAAGUCCACCAAUAAAAAUACCAUGGAAAGCUAUUAUGUUAGCAGUUCUCUUAUUCAUUGGAGGCACUAUCAUGCUUAUAAUGGGAAGCUUGAUUGUAAGUGGACACAUUGAUUCAAAAUAUUCAGAUCGGAUAUGGCCAGUGAUAAUUUUAGGAGCCUUGAUGUUUAUACCGGGAGCUUAUCAUAUGAGGGUAGCUAUUUUAGCGUAUCAGAAAGUACCUGGCUAUUCUUUUGAUGAUAUACCUGAGUUUGAUUAAGAUUUAGAUUAAGGCUGCGGUUCACUUGCUUCUUUCAAAUGUUCUGAACUACACUCCGAACGCUACGCUCCGAUUGGUCCAUUACUGUUCUGAAUGCUACAAUUGCUACAUGUGUGAACGCUCCAAUCAACCUACUUCCCGAGAAAGAGUUUGAGCGAAGCGGGAGCAAAAACGAUGACGUAUUAAUGAUGUAAUCAGAAUUGCUGGGAGCGUCCCGAAUCCAAUGGACUAGUUACAUUAGUGCUAAAAAAAAUGCUCUGUAGCGCUUGAAGUGCUAAGGGAUCGCAGCCUAAAUCGCAAAAAAUAAAAUAAUACGUAUUUUUGUGAUAGCAUUUUAUAUAGUGAAAAUAGUAGAGAUAUGAUACACA